CGUCUCGUAGGGCGACAGUCGAGGUAGGCAUGCCCUAAGUUUCGUUUGUGAUAUUUGCGCUGUUUGAAAUAGUUUUCUCGUAAGGUGCCGAAUCAAAUUUAAAUAUCUUCUCACGAUCGAUGAAGUGAUCAUUAUCGGCAGCAUCAACACGAUCAUCUCGAGAUUGCCUGGCAAUCCGACAGCUUCUCGACACAGAAAAGAAGCAAUCUUUCUGCAAAAUUCAGUAGCGUCCUUUCCGAAUCUGCCGAAAAGAGUUUAAUCUGAUUUUUAGGAGUAAAGCAUGAGUCAAGAGGAUCAGGAGAAAAGCAUGGAUAAGAAAGAAAUUGCAGAGGAAGAGAGAGAGAAAAUGUUGAACGCCGAGAACACGAAACAUACGGUGGCAUCGACCGCUCCAGACGCGGAAUCCGAAGACCAGAAACCUAAGAAGAAAAUUCCAAUUGGCGGUAUUAAGAUGCCCGGCUUCUGUCGUACAAAGAGCAAGGAGUUGUGUAAAGAGGAUGAUUGUAAGCCUACUGAAAUUGGAGAAGGCGAUUCAACGGAAAAAACUGUUAAAGAAAGUGAUCAAAAUGUAUCAUCAGAGAAAACAAGCACACCGAAUAAAGACGCAAAGGAAAAGGAAAGCCGCAAGAGAAUUCUCGACACCAUAAAGUUACCCUUAGUCUCUGUUUUUCCUAGAAAAAAAAAUAAGGAAGGUGAAGUGGAAUUGGGAAUUACCGGAGCUGCUGGAUUGGCGAGUGUUGAAACUCUUGACGAUGUUGUGACGGAGAAAAAUCCUAUCAGUAACGAAGAUGGUAUGGAAACUGUUCGACUCGAUGGUGAUGCUCCAGACGGAAUUGAAUCUCCUAAACAGCAUUUUCUUGUAGCUUGUAUAUCCGCUGCAAGGAGAAAUUUAUUUGCGCUAGUGACAACAUUGUGUAUCCUGGUAUCAGUCGUGAUUAUCGUCUGUAUCGCUUGCAUCGGUCCGAGAAAGAAUGUUUCACAGUUGAUAAAGGAUGGGAGCUUUGUCAAAGCAGUAACUUCUUGCGGACCUGUGCAAGGUGUGUCAGAAGAUGGUGCAUUCGCAUUUCGUGGGAUCCCAUAUGCAAUCCCACCAUUAGAAAAUCGUCGUUGGCAACCUGCGGAACCCCUAAGAAAAAUUGAAUACUGCUGGACGAAUACGUAUCAAGCACACAAUUCCUCGAAAGUUUGUUGGCAACGAGAGGCUUCAGGAAGGAUUGUCGGAAGCGAAGAUUGCUUAUAUUUAGAUGUUUUCACGCCUGAAGUCAGAUAUGAUUCGCCUUUAUCAGUGGUCGUUAUGAUUGGUGCUGAAACCCUCAGUGGUGGUUCUCCAGGUGUAAUGCAGCCUUCUGCAAAACUUGCUCGUGUCCGUGAUAUGGUGUUUGUUAGACCUAACUUCCGGUUAGGAAUCUUCGGCUUUUUAGCUGCAGAUCAACUUUCAAGAACAUCGCAUCCUCUCACAUCCGGAAAUUACGGGUUGUCGGAUAUCAUAGCAGCGCUUCAGUGGGUUCAUCUUAACAUUGAACAUUUCGGAGGAAAUAAAUCGGCCGUAACUUUAUGGGGUCAUCGGGCAGGAGGAACGCUUGUCACAACUUUAGUUGGCAUUCGGCGAACAAGGGAUCUUUUCCAGCGAGUGUGGAUUUCCAGCGGUAGUGCGAUAUUUCCCGGAAGAGAACUAGAAGUUUCCGAAACACUUAAUGAACUAUUUUUAAAUUCUACAAGAUGUAAUGACGCCGCUUGUUUGCGAAGCAAAAGUGCCGAGGAGAUAAUGGAUUCAGUUCCUGAAACAUGGCAUUUAGGAAACGUUGGUCUGCCUGAAACCAGAGAAGCGACAACAAGAGAUAGGAGACAUGAAUGGUUGGUGCUCGAUCGUGCCAUUCUUCAGGAACCCGUAGGUCAAAUUUGGGCAAGAGAUGAAUUUUCGGUGAAAAUUGUAAUGGGCACUACUGCACAUGCUGGAGUCCCUCUUAAGUAUCUCACUUCCAACGCUACUCUCAAUUCCACACAAGUAGAGAAAAUUGUAAAGGAGUCCUUAUUAGGAACAUCUGGUUUAGCGGACGAAGCUCUCAGACGUUAUAACGCAACAUUGAAAGGUUUACUAAGCAUGAUCUCGGACGUUCGUGUGGUAUGUCCAUUGCUGACAGUUGCCAGAAUGAAGACCAAUAUUCCAUUCUACGUAGCGACGCAGCCACGGGGUCAUAUUGCAGAUCCUGAUUGUGAUGCUGCAGCGAUACUCGGAUCAUAUGCUGCUCGUACUCCUGCUGAAAAAAGACACGUAUCUGCUAUGCAGCAGCUUUUCAAUCACUAUGUUUGGCAUGGCGAGGUAGCUCAGGCAGAUGCUAAUGGUGUAAAACGAGUCUUAAUUGUUGGACAAGAUACACUUCCUGAACGUGACUAUCCUAAUUGCGACUUCUGGAUAGCAAAAGACAUAGUUCCAUCUUAUGGUCGAGUCGAUUGAAUUCUUUUUUUCUCCUUUUUUUCUUUUGGAAUUAUAUAUUUGAUGGUCAUUCCAAGAUUUCGACUAUACUUGAGAUGUGCUGUACUCGAAUGAUCUUGCUUUACGAGCUUUUCAGAAAGACAUAUCUCUUCUUGAUUUUGAAAAGUGAAAAAAUAAAAUUUUAAAUUGCUAUUUU